AUGGAUAAUGAUGUUGCGAAGAAUCAAUUAGAGUUUCUCAUGGGUGGAUUCAAGGUACUAUGCCAAUCGGAGGUGCAAUUUUCGGAGAUGUUGACUUUGAUGGAGGAAACCUUGAAGCGAGUGUGGAUUACAAUGACUGAAGCUCAAUUUCUUGGUGGUGAGUAUAGUGAGAAAGACAAGUUGGCGUGUGUUUCCGGUUUUCUCGGUAGCCAAGCAAAAUGUUGGUUCCACAAGGAACAAUCGUGGAUUCCGUUCAAUAGUUGGAGUCAGGUGAAGGAUGGUUUAUUGUUAACGUUUGGAAACAAUCGGGACAAAAAGUGA